CUCAAAGUGUCUGUGGUUCUUGAUGUACCACAGUCCACAUAUCUCCAGGGUUUUGUUCCUUUCAGUCAUGACUCUUAAAGUUCUUCUGGUAACAGUCCUAGCCUUGUGUCAUGGCUUCAAUCUGGACACUGAAAAUCCUAUGACCUUUCAAGAGAAUGCAAGAGGCUUCGGGCAGAGUGUGGUCCAGCUUGGCGAAACCAGAGUGGUUGUUGCAGCCCCCCAGGAGGCAAAGGCUGUUAACCAGACAGGUGCCCUCUACCAAUGUGACUACAGCACAAGCCGGUGUAACCCCAUCCCCCUGCAAGUACCUCCAGAGGCUGUGAAUAUGUCCUUGGGCCUGUCCCUGGCUGCUACCACCAACCCUCUGCAGCUGCUGGCCUGUGGCCCUACUGUGCACCAAAACUGCAAGGAGAACACCUAUGUGAAUGGACUGUGCUAUCUAUUCGACUCCAACCUGCUAAAGCCACCCCAGCAGUUCCCAGAGGCUCUCAGAGGAUGUCCUCAGCAGGAGAGUGACAUUGCCUUCUUGAUUGAUGGCUCCGGUAGCAUCAGCAACAGUGACUUUCAGAAGAUGAAGGAGUUUGUCUCAACUGUGAUGGACCAGUUCAAAAAGUCUAAAACCUUGUUCUCUUUGAUGCAGUACUCUGAUGACUUCCGGACUCACUUCACUUUCAAUGAUUUCAAGGGAAACCCUAACCCAAGAUCACAUGUGGGUCGCAUAAGGCAGCUGAACGGACGGACAAAAACCGCCACAGGGAUCCGUAAAGUAGUGAGAGAACUGUUUCAGAAAACCAAUGGGGCCCGGGAGAAUGCUGCAAAGAUCCUCGUCGUCAUCACAGAUGGAGAAAAGUUCGGGGAUUCCUUGAAUUAUGAGGAUGUCAUUCCUGAGGCAGAGGCAGCAGGCAUCAUUCGCUACGUAAUUGGGGUGGGAAACGCCUUCCGCAAACCAGAGUCCCGCAGAGAGCUUAACACCAUCGCAUCUAAGCCAGCUGUUGAUCACGUGUUCCAAGUGGACAACUUUGAAGCUCUGAAGACCAUUCAGAACCAGCUUCAGGAAAAGAUCUUCGCUAUUGAGGGCACUCAGACAGGAAGUACCAGCUCCUUUGAGCAUGAGAUGUCUCAAGAAGGCUUCAGUGCUGCCAUUACCUCUAACGGUCCCUUGCUGGGCUCUGUGGGGAGCUUUGACUGGGCAGGUGGAGCCUUCCUGUAUACAUCAAAGGAUAAAGUCACCUUCAUCAACACAACCAGAGUGGAUUCAGACAUGAACGAUGCUUACUUGGGUUAUGCUUCUGCAGUCAUCUCGAGGAACCGCAUCCAAAGCUUGGUUUUAGGGGCACCUCGAUAUCAGCAUAUUGGCCUGGUGGUGAUGUUCAGGGAGAAUUUUGGUGCCUGGGAGCCCCACACUGACAUCAAGGGCAGCCAGAUUGGCUCUUAUUUUGGGGCCUCCCUCUGUUCUGUGGACAUGGACUUUGAUGGCAAUACCAACUUGAUCCUCAUUGGGGCCCCUCAUUACUAUGAGAAGACCCGAGGAGGCCAGGUGUUAGUGUGUCCCUUGCCUAGAGGGCAGAGAGCACGGUGGCAGUGUGAAGCUAUCCUCCAUGGUGAUCAGGGCCAUCCCUGGGGACGCUUUGGGGCGGCUCUGACAGUGCUGGGAGACGUGAACGGGGACAAACUGACAGAUGUGGCCAUCGGAGCCCCAGGGGAGCAGGAGAAUCAGGGUGCUGUCUACAUUUUCCAUGGAGCAUCAAUAGCCAGCAUCAGUGCCUCUCACAGCCAGCGAAUCACAGGUGCCCGCCUCUCCUCCGGGCUCCAGUACUUCGGGCAGUCUCUGAGUGGGGGCAAGGAUCUCACAAUGGACGGCCUGAUGGACCUAGCUGUGGGGGCGCAGGGGCGUCUUCUGUUGCUCAGAGCCCAGCCCGUGCUGAGACUGGAGGCAACCAUGGAAUUCAACCCCAAGAAUCUAGCAAGGAGUGUGUUUGCAUGUCAAGAACCAGUAUCAAAAAACAAGGAUGCUGGGGAGGUCAGAGUCUGCCUCCGUGUCCGCAAGAACACCAAGGAUCGGCUGCGAGAAGGAGAUAUCCGGAGCACUGUCACUUAUGACCUGGCUUUAGACCCUGGCCGCUCACUUGUCCGUGCCUUCUUUGAUGAAACAAAGAACAACACACGCAGGCGCAUCCAGGUCUUUGGAUUGACACAGAAAUGUGAAACCCUGAAGCUAAUUUUACCGGACUGCGUGGACGAGUCCGUGAGUCCCAUCAUCCUGCGCCUCAAUUAUACACUGGUUGGAGAGCCCUUGCGGUCCUCUAGGGAUCUCCGGCCAGUUCUGGCGAUGGAUGCUCAGAAGCUCUUCACAGCUAUGCUUCCCUUUGAGAAGAACUGUGGUAAUGACAGCAUCUGCCAAGAUGACCUCAGCAUCACCAUGAGCUCUGUGGGCUUGGACACUUUGGUGGUGGGAGCCCCCGGGGACUUUAACGUGAGUGUGACUCUGAGAAAUGACGGUGAGGAUUCCUAUGGGACCAAGGUUACCUUCUACUACCCAUCUGGCUUGUCUUACCGGAAGGUGUCAAGUAGCCAGAACCCACUCUCCAAGAAGCAUUGGCGUGUGACACCUGAGUCCAGCUCUUCUUCUGAAGGGCAUGGGGUUCUGAAGAGUACCACCUGGAACAUAAACCAUCCCAUCUUUCCUGCUAAUUCUGAGGUCACAUUUAAUGUCACAUUUGAUGUGGACUCUGAUGCCUCCCUCGGGAACAAACUGCUCCUUAAGGCCAUUGUGACCAGUGAGAACAACAUGUCCAGGACCCACAAUACGGAGUUCCAGUUGGAGCUGCCUGUGAAGUACGCCAUCUCCAUGGUUGUCACCAGUGAUGAGGGUUCUACCAAAUAUCUCAACUUCACAGCUUCAGAGAUGACCAGUAAGGUCAUACAGCAUCAGUACCAGUUCAACAACCUGGGCCAGAGGAGCCUUCCUGUCAGUGUGGUCUUCUGGAUCCCUGUCCAACUCAACAAGGUGACCGUAUGGGAUCAUCUCCAGGUCACCUUCUCUCAGAAUCUCUCAAGUACCUGUCACACUGAACAGAAAUCCCCUUCUCACUCCAAUUUCCGGGAUGAGCUUGAAAGGACCCCAGUGCUGGACUGCUCUGUUGCAGUCUGUAACAGAAUCCAGUGUGACCUCCCAUCCUUCAACCCUCGGGAAAUAUUCAAUGUCACCCUCAAGGGCAAACUAUCAUUUGACUGGUACAUCAAGACUUCUCAUGACCACCUCCUGCUUGUGAGCACUGCCGAGGUCCUGUUUAAUGAUUCUGCGUUUGCCCUACUUCCAGGGCAGGAGACGUUUGUGAAGUCUAAGACGGAGACCAAAGUGGAACCAUAUGAAGUUCACAACCCUGUGCCACUCAUUGUGGGCAGCUCCGUCGGGGGCCUGGUGCUCUUGGCUCUCAUCACUGCUGGCCUGUACAAGCUUGGCUUUUUCAAGCGGCAGUACAAGGACAUGAUGAGUGAAGCUGCUCCCCAAGACGCCCCACCACAGUAACGGCCUUUUCUCCAUCGAGUGACCCCUCCAACAACAAGCAGGUCUAGACGGUCAGACCAACAUGGAAGCUGAUGGACAGACAUGUCCUUUAGGAGACUGAUGCUGUGAUGUCUUAUACAAAAAUGGAGUUUCUGUGUGUGUGUGUGUGUGUGUGUGUGUGUGAGAGAGAGAGAGAGAGAGAGAGAGAGAGAGAGAGAGAGAGAGAGAGAACUGUGCAUGGCUCACACAUUUCUUGCCUGUGAGCAAUGCCUUAAAUGCAUCCUCUUGGAAGGAAAGGCAUCUCUUGGGUUUCCUAGUGUGUUAGAGAAGAUGCUAAUGAGUCCUUCUCUGGGCAAGGCUAUGGGACUCUUAUAGGUAAGCAUAGCUAGUGCUGUGUUGUCCUCUCUGAAGGAAGUAAUAUUUCCUUGCUGCGUGAGCCUGCAGACUUGCAAGGGCUCAGACACUGAGUCUGCAAGAGACGUUGGGCAUGGACUAGAGAACUGGAAAGUCAACAGAGAUGUUCAGCGAGGAGGGAGACGCCCCCCACCACCUAGUCAUUUAUAAUUUAACUUUAAUUUAAAUAUUUGAACCAAUUAACCUAUCAAAGUACAAAAACCAAAAGAUACUCGAGAGGUGAAAGGCAGGGGAGGGAGGAUGCAGCUCCCAGCAGAGUGUGCGUCUGGUAUAUGCGAGGCCUUGGGCUUGGCAUGCAACAAUGAAGCCCAGGCAGAGAAAAACCAAACCAAAUCAAAGUGUACAGUGGAAAGACUUCCUUCCAGAAAGACUGCAGGUGUGUCACACACACACACACACACACACUGUUUUAAGCAAGUGGUAACACACUUUUUUACUAUUAUGUAUAUUGUCUUUUUAUGCAUAAUAUGCUCAAAUAAUUUUAUGUAAGUUAAAAAGUUAUAGAAGUUAAGUUAUAAAGUAGCUCAGAGUAUUCCCAUGUGAUUGUAAUAUAUUUAACAUUUAAUGUAAUCUCCUUUGGAUAUAUUAUUUCCAGCCAUUUGCUAUUUUAUGAACAAUGCUGAAUUAAUAAAUUGGAUAUAUCUAAGUUUUA